AUGUUUCUUUCUCAAACGAAAGUUAUACAUCCAAGGGAUAUAAAAAGGUUCAUUGAGAUGAUACAAAGACGUCGCUACGUCACUAGUGACGAAGAUAUUUUAGAUAUACCUCAAUCUGUAGAAGAUCUUCCUGAAGCAGAACCGAUACAUCCAGGUCAUACCUUAUUGCGACCUUCAAGAGGAAUGUUGAAAUCUUCAGUGAAAUUUCCCCAGAAGGACACAGGAGACACUGUAGUAUAUGGAAAUCUUAAAAAUCUGGGAAUAACAUUUGGAAAUACGAAUCAACGGCUGCUUUAUUCAGACUUUAGAAAAACAGACAGUAUACUGACAUAUUUGCUAGAGAAAGCAAUACGGAAGAUUCAGAAUAAGAAACAUUCAACUCUUCACGAUAGUAAUCCGGUGGUUAUUAUUGAAAUUGACCCUACAAAUUUAAUGCAAAUGGCUAAUAACCAUUCGUUUAAGGAAGAAUCAGAAGAGCAGUUGGAUAUCGAGAACAACGCCAGCGAAGCCUUAGACGGCUUGAACGAGGGAAACGAAGAUAUUAUUUCAUUACCGGCAACAAGGAGAAGAUACGGGCCGAGUAAACAAAGCAAGUUUAGAGACCGGGAAUUGUACUCGGAGACAGAUACGUCGGAUUCGUCUUCGUCUGGGUCCUCGGACUAUGAUAGGAAUCCAGGAAACCCAUAUAGCGUUUACAAAGAUAAAUAUAAACAGAAUUGGAUGUGGAAUCAUUUUAUGGAUGGAAAUCACAUGAACGUAAAUCCAUACGCCCCACAAUUAAACAGCCUUGGCCCUUCCGGAGCGUCGUUGUUUUUUGGAAGGAAAUGGUGGUAUUACAAUCAGAGAAGGUUUUACCAGUUCGACCCCCGAGAGUUAUCUUCUAUAGUAGGGGUGCCAUCACAAGCCAGUCAUUUGCCAGAAGCGGAACCUCUCCAACCAGGUCACACCUUACUGCGACCAGCGCUGGGUAUGCUCAAGUCAGCGCUGAAGUUUCCACAUAGAGAGUUGGAAAAUGGUGCUGGCGUUUAUGGGAAUGUUGAGAAUUUGGGUUUGAAAUACGAUUCUCUUAAUGAGCGGGUAAUGUAUUCAGGCUUCAGGCGAUUCCCUUCGGAUUACAUUAUGGACAGACAGGCAAAGGCGAAAAAUGAAAUUCUAAAGAUAUUAAAGAAGUUGAACAUCCCCGCGCUCAAAGGAGUCAAAGUGUUCGUCGCUACUGUAAAUGAAAAUUAUUUUGGGAACUCAGGAAAAUCGUCGGCAAAAGAAUCUUCUUCGUAUUUAAAUGAAAAUGCACCUAAACCAAUGUUCAAAAAUACAAUCAAAGAACUAUUACGAGCGAGCCAAGAUACAGUUCCUGAAAUGAACGUACAAUUAAAACCUACAAUUGCUGAAGAUCGGAACCACGUACAAUCGGAAAAGAAGAAGAAGGUAUCUUGGAUGGACGCAAUGGAUAACUUCGACCACAUUCAGAUAAUGCAGGAGGCACCAGAGCUAAACGAGCUGAUACCAACGAUGGAUGACGCUCAGAUUAGAAAGUGGUGGUUUUAUAAUGCGGAAGAUUACCAGCCGUUUUCAAGAGAACGUUACAAAUAAAUGAGUAUUUUUUUAUAUACAUGGUUAUUUUA